UCAAGAAUGGUUCUUUUUUUUUUCCACCAAACACAACCAUUCGUAUGCUGCUAAGCAUCUCUGACUUCAUCUCUGACCUCCAGUGCCCUGAGGGAGAACAACCAGAUUAAGGGGGUAUGACAGGACAAGUAAGGCCAGACGCUCACGGAUGUCGAGAGAUAGAUUUAUUUUGUAGUAGUCAACUGGGUGAGGAGGAGUGUCGUCAGGAGAAACCUCAUCCAAAGGACCUGGAACGACAGGCUUGAGAAGCGAGACAUGGAAUGUGCGGGCAGAUUGAGUUGAAAGCUGAUCACACGGGACGUGAAUUGAGGUCCCCUGUCUGACAAGAUGUCCUCUGGGAUGCCAAAGAUGCAGAACACCUGGUUGAACAGGACCUCUGCAGUCUGAACAGCUGUAGGCAAUCCUGGAAAUGCAAAGAAACGUACGGCCUGGGAGAACCGGUCUAUUACUGAUUUUAAACCACUAAAAUGAUUAGCCGGAAUACCAAAAAUAUCCUGGUGGUGUCUUUUGGAUUUUUAUCCUUAUUCACUGCAUAUGGAGGGCUGCAGAGUCUACAGAGCAGUCUAAAUGCAGAGGAAGGAAUGGGAGUCAUAUCACUGAGUGUCGUCUAUGGAAGCAUUAUUCUAUCCUCCAUGUUCCUGCCUCCCAUUAUGAUAAAAAAUCUGGGCUGCAAAUGGACUAUCUUUAUCUCAAUGGCUUGUUACAUAUCUUAUUCCUUUGGAAACCUCUUCCCUGGGUGGGCAGCCUUGAUUACUACAUCUGUUCUUCUGGGUUUGGGAGGUUCACCACUUUGGUCUGCCAAAUGCAGCUACCUCACCAUCUGCGGAAACAUACAGGCAGAGAAAGACAACAAGAAAGGCCAGGAUAUCAUCAACCAGUACUUUGGCAUCUUCUUUCUCAUCUUGCAGUCCUCUGCCGUGUGGGGAAAUCUUAUGUCUUCUCUCAUAUUUCAACAGGACUCUAAUAUAGGUGAUAUUUCUGAGGAGACACUGCAGUACUGUGGAGCAGCACUCUGCAAUGAGAACUUCACAACCGUGGGAAACUUCACCCGGCCUGAGCAGCACCUAGUCAACAUACUGCUGGGGUGCUACAUUGGUGUGGGGGUCCUGGCGAUGGUGCUCAUUGGAGUUUUUCUGGACAACAUUGAUGGAAUCACGGCCCGCGACUUUCGAAGAAACAGAGGCAAUCAUUCCUUCUGCAGUACCUUUCUGGCCACUUUCAGGCUCUUGCAAGAUAAGAGGUUGAUAAUGCUCAUUCCAUUGACCAUGUACAGUGGAUUUGAGCAAAGCUUCCUUUCUGGUGAAUACACUAAGAAUUAUGUGACCUGUGCACUGGGAAUCCAUUAUGUUGGUUUUGCGAUGAUCUGCUUUGGUGCUGUAAACGCGCUGAGCUCCUAUGCCUUUGGGAGGCUGUCUCAGUACACAGGAAGAAUUGCCCUCUUUUGCUUUGCUGCCUUGAUAAAUCUGAGCUGUGCAAUCGCCUUGCUGUUCUGGAAGCCCCAUCCAGACCAACUGCCUGUCUUCUUCGUGUUUCCUGCUCUUUGGGGCAUGGCAGAUGCUGUGUGGCAGACACAAACUAACGCACUGUAUGGCAUUCUCUUUCCCAAGCACAAGGAGGCAGCAUUCGCUAACUAUCGCAUGUGGGAAUCUUUUGGCUUCGUGAUAGCGUUUGCAUACAGCACAUUCAUCUGUCUAUCCACAAAAAUAUACAUUCUUAUAUCAGUUCUAGCACUGAGCAUGUUAACUUACAUUUGGGUUGAGUACAAUGAGUACAAGAAUCCUACUGUAUCUGCAAUACAAAUAUGUGACGACUUACAAGAGAAACACGUCAAAGGCACCCCUGCAAAUGUGAAAAUUAUUUGCCAGACAUUUAUGUAAAUAUAGACAUGUUGUUAACGACACUUGUAUAAUCUGUAUAAAUAGUCAAACCUACAUGUCAACAUAUUCGUUCCUGGAGACCUGCUGAGUUAAAUUUCAGUGUAAUCCCUGCAGGCUGCUAGAUCUGGAGGAACAGGUUU